AUGACUGAAAUCUAUCACCUUCCAAGGCUGGGGUAUUCCUGGCAUCGUGUAGCAAUCUGGGAGGCAGUUCCAGGCACUUUUGAGCAAUUCAUUGGGGUUGGAGAAGAUGGUGUGUAUUACAAGACCAUUCAUGGAGGUUCUACUUGUCGAGUUUCGUCGCUGGUGUGGUGUCGCGUUGGAUCAAAAGACCUGUCUUCUGGCAGGUUGUUCUCCUCCAGUAUUGAUGGCUCAGUCUCGGAAUGGGAUCUUUUUUACUUGAAGCAGAAGUUGCCUUACUAUUGUGCUAGAGUCAAUUGGGGUUUGACCAACAGUGUAGCAAUUGCUUGUGAUGGAGUUGUGAGGAUUUACACUAUUUCUGAUAUGGAUACCCUAAAUCAUUGCCCCGGGAUGCCAAGUGUGACCUGGAAUCAUGAUUCAAAUAGAAUAUAUUCAGGGAGUAGUGAUGGAAGUGUAGUUGCUCUUGGAAGUUUGGGCAGUGGGCCUGAGCUUUGCAUAUGGUCAUUCAUAUCAGAUCUACUAUCUCAACUGAAUGAGCACUCAGUUGCAAUAUGUGGUGUGGAACUGUUGUUAGUGCAGACAGCACUGGAUCUGUUCAGUUCUGGAAUGGUGGUAAUGGGACUCUUCUCCAGUGCACACUCUAUCCACAAAGGUGAUGUAAAUGUCUUGGCAGCAGCUUCAAGUCAGAACAAGGUGUUCUCUGCUGGGUCUGAUGGACAGGUUAUUCUUUAUAUGUUUUCCAGUGAGAUGCUUCAGUCUGAUAAAAAGGAAUCAUCUCCUGAAAUUUUGAAGAAAUGGGUAUUUGUCAGUUCUGUAAGGGCUCAUACCCAUGAUGUUAGAGGCUUGACAAUGGCAGUUGCCUUCAGUUCUGAAGGCUCUUUAUCCGAUGAGGCAAAAGACUUCCAAGAAGACAAGAGGAAAAAAGUAAAAAGAAUCCGAUCAAGAGAGAAGAAGCCCCUUGAUUUCAGUUAUGGUAAAUGGGCUCAUUUUGGAGUUCCCAUGCUUGUCUCUGCUGGUGAUGAUGUGAAGCUGUUUGCCUACUCUGCAAAAGAUUUUACUAGGUUCUCCCCACGUGAUAUUUGCCCUGCACCUCAGAGAGUUUCAAUACAACUGGUCACUAGCACAAGGUUCAAUCGGACUUCUUUUCUCCUAGUUCAAGCUUCUUGUUGGUUAGAUGUGCUCACUGUUCAAAUUCCUGAUGUGGGUUCUGGUCCCUAUGGUGAUCCUGUGACCACUAAUUUAGUAGCUCGGGUUAAGAGUAAGGCUUGUAGGAAAAUCGUUUGCAGUGCAAUGUCUAACUCAGGGGAGCUUUUUGGUUAUUCUGACCACAUUAGAUCCACUCUAUUUGCACUAAGUAGGCAAGCUGGCCAAAGUACAUGGACCAUUAGUAAAAGGCAAUUUCCCCAGAAACUUCCAUCUGCACAUUCUAUGGUUUUUACCUCUGAUGGAUCACGGUUGCUGAUAGCAGGGCAUGAUAGAAAGAUCUAUGUAAGCCUCUACCCACAUGGCUUUCUUGUAUUACCCUAGUUAUACUUUUUAAAU